AUGACUAUUGAUGGUGUUGAAGUUGGCACAAUUUCUCUUCUUGGUAGGAUGUGCAGCAAAGUUGGACAGAUCGCUGGUGUUAAAUUUGCUAGCAAUCCCAAUCAGAAACAUGUUCCUAAUUCCACACAAAUCACUCCCACGAGAGGUCAUCAAUUUCAAGUUAUAUCAGCAAAUCAAUUCUCAGGUCAAAAUAAUAAUGGUCAGAAGAGUGUUGAACAAUUGGUGUCAGAUUUCUUGCUUCUUCCCCAAAACAUGGAAAUGACUGAGGGAACCCCCCGUGAUGUUAUUAGAGAACAUCUUGGAAUUCCCCUGGAUAGACUUAAGUUGGCUAUUGAAAAUCUUACGUAUGAAGGUCAGAUAUAUGAAGGUGUAACUGAUAGAUAUAAGUCAGCUAUCGAUGGUUGA